AUGAUCUUCCUCCUGCUCCUUUUUUUCGCACCUCCGGUCGGUUCCAUCGAGUGUUUCCAGUGCGAGAGCGACUUCCAGAACGUCUUGAGGUUCUCUUUUUCUCAGAAUAGAUUGAAAAAAUGAUCAAAUUCAUAAAACUGUCUUUAAAAAAAAUGAAUUAAAGAAGAGUAUUCCCAUAAAUCUUCCCUUAGAGGCUAAAUCUAAAAUUUGUCAUCUUACCUUUUUUUUUUGGAGCCCUUCUGUAUGAAACUCUAGUGGUCCCUUAAGAGAUACUCAAGAACACUAAAGUGGCCACUAAAACAACCUCCAUAAAAGCCACUAUUUUAUCUCUUAGUGGCCACUAUAGCAGUUGUAGUGGUCUAGUAGUAUCACUGAGACUUUAGAGGCUUACUUUUGGCCCUUAAGUGGUCACAGAGUAUACUGUAGUGACCACUAAAGCGUCAAAACCCUAAAGUGCCCACUGGAAAUUUUUCCAAUGAGAUUCCAAAAUCCCAAUUUCAUAAUUUUGUAUGUCUUUUUUUCAUCAAACGGAAUACGUUUCUGAAAAUGUAUAUACCGGAGGUCCACUUGAUCUUUCAGUUCAGAUUGCAUGGUCGGAAAAAAAAAUACAAUCUACUUUUUCUUUAUCAAAUUUUCCAGUGACAAAAAAGAAUAAAGAAACUUUUAGGUGCAAAGAGCCCUGCUCGGGAGAUCAAUGCGUCGUUUGGAAGUGGAAAAAACGGGACGGUUUAGCGAUAAGACAAGUUAUUCCAAUAAAAAUGACAUAUUUUCAAAUUUAUAUAUUCUCAGGGCUGUCUCAAAGGAAUCGAUGAGCGUUGGACUUCGAAACCGGCUUGUAGAACCAAUCAUCUCGGAGCUUCUUUGUGUGUCUGCAGGUGGGUGGCCGCAUUUGGAAUGGCUCAGAGCGUCGCGGUUCCGUUUUUAAAUUCAAAGUCGUUUUGACAUUUUUCGAGUGUUUGCGUCUCUCUGUUCUCUCAGAGAAACAGGAAAAUAGCACGUCAAUAUGAGAGGGUCGUUGAGAGACGAGGAGGGCGCAGAGAAAAAUGGAACUUUUUAUGUCGCGAAAAACGGAGUAUAUCGCAUUUUUAUUCUCUUGUGCACAACUCGUUUUGAGUCGGGCGCAUUUUACAGCUAUAGUCCGUUUUUCGCGACUUGAAAGGGCGGGGCUUCUCUGCGACCUCCUUAUCUCUCGACAUCUCUCUCUUGUUUACGUGCUAUUUCCACGUUUCUCUGACCUCGCCGAUGAGGGAACAUAGAGACGCAGACAUUGUCAAGUCGCGAAUUCACUCUUCUUUUUUGGUUUUGAACACGAAACUGCAUUAAAAAAUACUCUAAAAAAAUCGAAAAAAAAAGUUUAACUAAAACGGGAAACUCAUCUCUGUAGUUCUUUUCAUUUACUACCGGGCUCAUAGUUUAAUUUUCUCAUCUCAGAAAAUCUCAAAGUUUCAAAUCACUUUUCCAGUGACGGAGACAUGUGCAAUCGGGUCGAAAGAGCCGAAAACGCGGCUCGACCUUUGCCGACGAUUCGACUGCCUGCCGUCGAGUGCCAGAGCAAAGUUGUUCGUAGAAACUUCUUUUUAUUAUUCGAAAAUCUGCAAUCAUUUUCAUUUUUUUAAACAGACUAAGCAACUUUUUUUAUCUUAGCUAAAAAAAGCUUAAAAAAAUAGCGCUUUUUUUGUCUUUAUUUGCGUAUUUUGCAGACUUUGGGGGGCUGAAAAAUCGUUCUCUAGUGAGUUUAAAUCUAUGCCUCGGUAAGAAAAAAAUCUGCCCAAAAAUCUUAGAAAAAAAUGUGAGUUUCUUAUAAAAAAAUAUUUUUUUUCUUUGAAUUAGUGAAGAAUGAAGGGUCUAUUUUAUUUUUCCAACAAGAAAAAGUAUCCUUUUUAGGAUAUUUUUUCUAAACCUUUCCAGGCGAGCACCAGCUUCAUCGGCCCCCGGAAAGAGCACUCCUGCACAUCUAACUACUGUCACGCCUCAAAAACCGAGGUGAAUCACAAAAAAUUUCGAAAAAACAUUCGAAAAACAUCAGACUUUCACGGAAGACACAGCUCCCGACGUUUUGAGCAUCUACAAUUGUGGCGAUAUCCCGGAAUUCGAUUUCGAUGUCCGGUUAAAGAGCUCGGCUGAGGUAAAAUAAUUGAUUUGAGAAAAAAUUUGUCAUUUGGAAGGUGAAAAACUGUCCUUUCGACGGAAAAACGCCGCGCCAAAAUUUUUCCGUAAAGUGUAGUGUGUCGUGUGCAUGCACCGCGGCGCUCUCGCACAUGCCACGUUCAAAGUAAUUUUCCCAAAAAUUCAAAAAUCUUAUCUAAUAUUCUGAAGUUCAGUUAUAUUUUUCACUAUCUGGUGGCUAUUUUGAAUUUCGCGGGAUUACUUUCAACACUAAAUUAAAAAACAAAAAAAUCGCGUUUUUUUCAAAUGAGAACUAGAUUCGUCUCACCACCCAUUGAUGCGCCUUUAAUAUUUCCUGUUGUUUACGCGUUUUUCUCAUGACGUCAGGUUUUGACCACGCCCCCUCAAUUUUUGGUUUUGCAUUAUCUUCCACUAACAAAAACGCCGUGUAGUGAUAAAAUAGUCAAGCUUGGUAUUACAAUUAUCAAACUAAAUGCUUCUAUUUUCUCUUUUUGAACUUACUUAGGAAAUUAGCAUGAUUUAAGGUACUUUCUACAUUUUAAAAUCUACUAAAUUUUGUUUUAGGUAGCCGGCUUGUACGUCAACGGCUGCUAUCGAGUUCAGCUCGAAAAACGUCAAGUGGUCACUGAUUGUGUUUGUUCAAAGGUAAUCUAAAAAAGGAAAUCUAUAGUCCAUUCCUCGCGACUUGACAGUGUCUGCGUCUCUCUGUUCCCUCACCGGUGGGUCAGAGAAAAAGGAAAUUAGCGCCUCAACAUGGAAGGGUAGCCGAGAGACGAGGAGGGCGCAGAGAAAAAGAGCCUUUUCGGAAAAUGGAUUAUACCAAAAGAAAAUCUCUUUUUUGAACUUAAAUCCGUUUUUUAAUGAUCUUAUGACUGCACGUGGAAUGGCUCGAUGCUGCAAAAGGAUUGCUGUAAGGUGCACCCGACCUGAAACGGCUUUAGCUUUGAUAUCGCCAAGCAGUAGAUAAAGUUGCUGAUUUUCCAACGCUUCGAGCCAUUCCACGUGCGACCAGCUAUUUAUUUUAUAGAAACCUAUAGAUUAAUGAUAAAUUUCAGAACAACUGCAACUCCGUCAUCCCCGUAAUAGUAUCUGGAACAGUUCGAUGUUACAUGGGCCAAAAUUUCCAGAAUAUUUCUCAGGUUUCUUCUAAAAUUUAUUUCAAAAAAGGGUAUUUUCAAACUUUUAGGUUUACACGGACGAGUUUUGCGACGGCGAUUACUGUCUGAUUCAAAAUGACAAUGGAAAAAUAUCGAAAGGAUGCAUUUCGGUGAACGAAAGGAACAGUUAUAGCCAUAUCCGGGUAGGAAAUUCGCUCAAAAAAAGCUUUAUGGAUUUUUGAAAUGAGGUAUACUUCAACAGCUCGAGAUAAAAAUAUCGUGGUCGCAUUUGGAAUGGCUUAAAGCGUUGUGGUUGGAAACCCGUCCAAAUUUGACGUGAAAAUCAUGCCCUCACUCUUCAAAAUGUCUCAGCGCGCAAGUAGUUUCAAGUCGGGCGCAUUUUCAAGCAACCGCUUUGCAUCAAACCAUUCCAAUCGCGACAAUGAUCUUUGAAAUGAAAAAUAAUUGAUUAAAGGAGCGGCUUUUAUCAUUUAUCAUUUUUGAAGAUUACGGUAGUCAAAAAAGUUCCUUCCAUCCUUCCAAAGCAAUUUUUCAUUCCAGAGCGGCCACCGACGUAUAUUAGGAACCGAUCAAUGGCUCUGCCAAGCCCAUCUUUGUAACUACGACCCCAAAAGGUGA